UAGCGCCACGCGGACAGUCGCGGCACUAGGUCUGUGUCCGCUCCGCCGGCCGCGCGGAGCUCCACCUGACACACAAACAUGGUGACAGUGAACAUGGACGAAACAGCACAACCUGCUAAGGUAGCACAGAAGAGUCUCAAGUGGCCGCAGUAUGUCUCGUCGUUGAUAGGCGCGCUGCCCGUCUUCAGCGCGGGCACCAUCGAGGGCUGGACCUCUCCCGGGGUCGCGCACCUGCAGCGGCCCCCCGACGGCAUCUCCCCGGAGGACGCCUCGGUGGUCGUGUCGCUCGCCACGCUCGGGUCGCUGCUGGUCGCGCUGCCCGCCGGCUACCUCGCCGAUGCCGUCGGCCGCAAGCGGGUGCUGCUGCUCAUGGUGCUGCCGCACGUGCUGGCCUGGGUCAUCAUCAUCUUCGCCAACACCGACGUUCUCCUACUGUGCUUGGCCCGUUUCAUCUCUGGAGUCGCAUAUGGGGGUUCCCAAGUAGUAGUGCCCCUGUACAACGAGGAGAUAUCAGAUGUGGGCAUUCGCGGCAAGCUGGGCUGCUUCUUCGACUUCAUGAUGAGCGCCGGCAUCCUGUACUGCUACUUCAUCAGCCUGGUGCUCGACUACUUCUGGAUGACCGCCGCCUGCGCAGUGGUGCCCCUCGUGUUCUUCGUGUUCUUCGUGUGGUUCCCGGAGUCGCCGGUCUUCCUUCUGCAGAAGGGACGCGAAGACGAGGCCCGCGAGUCCCUGCGGUUCUUCCGCGGGGCGAAGCACCUCACCAGCUACGACGAGGCCCCGGAGAUACAGAGCAUCAAGAACUACAUCGCGAGCGAGUCCAAGAGCUCGUCCGAGCACACGUGGAGGACGAGCCUGAAGCUUGUCUGGGAGUGCCUCUUCAGCGGCGGGCGGGCGUCCACCCUCGCCAAGGCGAUGAGGAUCACGAUAUGCUUCGGGACCUUGGUCCCUCUGACAGGCAUCAACCCGAUGCUGUUCUAUUCCGUCGAGAUAUUCCAAAGGGGGAGAAGCACCAUCUCUGCGGAUGUGUGCAACUUGAUAACCGGAGUCCUCAAGAUCAUUUGUUCCUUGAUAACCAUCUUCCUUGUGGACAGGGUAGGCAGGAGGUUGCUUCUCUUCGUGUCCGCUGGUGGGAUGAUUCUGUCGAUGCUAGCCCUAUCGCUACACUUCCUGCUUUUGAACUACAACGAGUAUAUUUCGCACUUUGGGUGGAUGCCCUGUGCUGCAGUUACCGCUUUUGUUUCCUCUUACUCUUUGGGCUUUGGACCGCUCCCGUGGCUCAUACUGGCAGAGAUAAUACCCACAGGUGUGAAAGAGUUGAUGGGGGUGGGUUUUGGUAUCAACUACAUUCUGCAUUUCGUUAUUACUAUGGUGUUCAUAGAGUUGUUAGGCACAGUUGGUGAAGUAGCGACUUUUAGUUUCUUCUGUGUGAUGAGUGUCAUAGCGAUAUUAUUCGUGAAAUAUUUUGUUCCUGAAACUAAAAAUAAAGCACGCGAAGUUAUUCACUCGAAUCUUUGAUGAAACCAUCAAAGUCGAGCGAAGUUAAACUAUAGUAUUAUCAGCUUACUUAAUCUGAACAAUGAAUACAUUUGGACAUUUUUAACCAAGUAUCAAGUUUACUGAUCAGAAUUAGUUGCAUACUGUUAAAAAUAUAUAAUUUAGCCAUGAUUGAUACAAACGAAGUAAUAAAUGGAAUGUUCAGAGCACAGCCAUACAAAAUAUAUGUUAACUUUGAGCUAAAUGUUUCACUUAAUUACUGAAUUGGCUUGAUCUUGUUGUGCUCUAAACUCUCCUAAUAUGUGAUACUAUAAUACCUAGUAAAAAAGAAGUUUAUUUAGUUCCUAGUAAUAUAAGCUAUGUUGUAACAAACUAAAGGAGUAUAAUGUAAGUAGUCAUAAAAUAAUUAUAAUACCAAAUAAUUGGACAAUAUUAUAAAGUAUUUCCCAUGUGAAUGAAGCCAAAAAAGUCAAAGUGUAGUUUAUUUUUAUUUCAGGUUGUAUUAAGAGGAAAAGAUUGAAACUUUUUUAAUAUAUCAAUUUUUACAAUUAUGUUGACGUCGACCCAAGUGUCUCCUCGGCUCCGUCAGGCCGUUAUGCCUCGUCAACGUCCUCCCUUGCGAUACGAGUGCACCAUCUGUUAAGUGCGACGGCCAGGGACGCACCCGCGUGCGCCCUAGCAUGCCAGUGAGCAUCUUUGUGUGUGUAAAAAAGUAUGGUUUUUAUGUGUUUUUAAACGAUCACGGGCCUCAAUAAUUGUAUAUAUUUUGUAAUCAUAACUAAUUAACUGAUGUGUAAAUUCGCUUUUUGAUUAACGUCUCGCUAAGUUGUGUAAAUAAUUUUGUAACUUUUCUCAAAUGUUUCGCAGUGCUAGUAAUGUAAUCGCAGCCUGACGUGUCGCGGGGUGGGGCCUCCCCUCCUCCACGGCCCGCGGGCCUCGGCCCGCUGGCGGGCGGGGAAGGGCAGUGGUGUUCAGGGCGCGAUCAGAGACAGACGUGCACGCCGCUCCGCGCUGCUCACGAGACGCGUCUGCUGAGCUUGUGGUCCGACGACAGGGUAACUUCACGGGUUGUCGCGGCAGCUGUGCUGCAUCCGUCGAGUCGCUCGCCCUGUCGAGUUUUACGAGUUUUACGAGUUACAUCACCAGUCGAACGUCCUAGAACGCGUAAGCGCAGUUACGAACCGCCAAACCUUCGCCGUCAGUACGAGACUUUUACGUAACGGACCGCGCACGUGUUGCGCAUCUUUGUGGAGCAACCUUAAUCGGGGACAUUGUUACGUGGGAAAAUUUCCAGUUUGUGUCGGGACGUGUUAACGGACGGGACGGUCUUCCGGGAGUCUGGGUCGUCGCGGGAAGGGAGCUCGUUCCGCGACGGGUCCGCCAGGCUGCGGCAGGCUCUCAAAACGAAAAUAAAAGGGGCUCGUGGAACUGUUAA